AAAAUCCAAAACCACAUAAAAACAUUUUUUGUAUAAAUUUCCCCAGCAGUUCAUUUCUCUUUCCCCUCUUUCGUCAGAUCUACAAAUCGUUGCUUUUCUGAUUCAACACAGCUUCUCUGGAAUUUACGAGUGGAUUAUCGGAGCGGCGGCGGCGGUGGUGGUUGUAGUGCAGUUGUAUCAGUCGGUGGAGGCAAUUGCAGUUGUUAGUUGGAGAUUUUAUUGAUUGGUGUGUGGUUGGGAGUUGUUAGUUUGUUGUUUUCGAUUUUUCUGCAGAAGGAAUUUUUUUUUUUUUUUUUUUUUUUUUUUUUUGAUUUGAUCUGUUUUGGAUCGAGAAACAAAGACGAAUUUUUGUUUGAGAUUGAAAAAAGGAAGGAUGAUGCAGCAGCAAGAUCAGCUGAAGAAGAUCCCGAAAGAGGUGGAAUUUUUUACCGAGUAUGGAGAUGCCAAUCGAUACAAGAUUCUGGAAAUUGUUGGGAAAGGUAGCUAUGGAGUUGUUUGUGCUGCCAUUGACACACACACUGGAGAAAAAGUUGCGAUAAAGAAAAUAAAGGACAUUUUCGAGCAUCUCUCCGAUGCUACUCGGAUACUGCGUGAGAUCAAGUUGCUUCGUCUCUUAAGGCAUCCUGAUAUUGUUGAAAUUAAGCGGAUUAUGAUGCCACCUUCUAGACGUGACUUCAGAGACAUAUACGUCGUUUUUGAGCUUAUGGAGUCUGACCUUCAUCAAGUCAUUAAAGCUAACGAUGACUUGACACACGAGCAUCACCGUUUUUUUCUAUACCAAAUGCUUCGCGCAAUGAAAUUUAUGCAUACAGCUAAUGUCUUCCAUAGGGAUCUUAAACCGAAAAAUAUAUUGGCAAAUGCCAACUGCAAACUUAAAAUAUGUGAUCUCGGUUUAGCCAGAGUGGCAUUCAAUGACACCCCUACAACAGCUUUUUGGACGGAUUAUGUUGCUACAAGAUGGUAUAGAGCUCCGGAGCUGUGUGGAUCUUUCUUCUCCAAGUACACACCUGCUAUUGAUAUUUGGAGCAUAGGAUGUAUCUUUGCGGAAGUUGUGACAGGGAAGCCUUUGUUUCCUGGUAAAAGUGUCGUGCAUCAACUGGACUUGAUCACUAAUCUUCUCGGAACACCAUCUAUAGAUACGAUUUCAGGAGUACGAAAUGAGAAGGCUAGGAAAUAUUUAAUGGAUAUGAGGAAAAAGCGCACAGUGCCUUUUGCCGAGAAAUUUCCAAGUGUAGAUCCUUCAGCUCUCAAAUUACUGCAGAGGUUAUUGGCAUUCGAUCCGAAGGAUCGUCCAAGUGCUGAAGAGGCAUUGGCUGAUCCUUACUUCAAAGGACUGGCGAAAAUCGAGAGAGAGCCUUCUUGUCAGCCAAUCUCAAAAUUGGAAUUUGAAUUUGAGCUACGCAGAGUGACGAAAGAUGACAUCAGAGAGUUAAUAUUCAGGGAAAUAUUAGAGUACCAUCCUCAAUUAUUGAAGGACUACAUGGAGAGAAACGAGGGCACAAGUUUUCUCUAUCCUAGUGCCAUUGGUCAUUUUAAGAAGCAGUUUGCGUAUUUAGAGGAAAAUGCUGGGAAAAGUGGGCCCGUGAUUCCGCCCGAGAGAAAGCAUGUAUCUCUUCCAAGGUCUUCCAUUAGUUCUAGUACCAAUCCUUCCAAAGCACAAACGAAUCUUUCUUCAUUCGACAAUCGGGAAACCCUGGCAGAAGCAUCAACUGGGCUUCGAUUUUCAGGUCUAAAUUCUGGAGAUAAUAUAGCAAAGGUACCACUGCCACCACCACCACGGGUGCCAAACGCAAAGCCAGGAAGAGUAGUGGGACCCGUUUUACCGUACGAGAAUGUUAGAGAUGCGAAUGAUAAAUCAAGAAACGGCACGAGUGUUGACUUUGACUGGAAAAGGCAAUCUCAGACCGCUGAAUCAUACCCUGUGGUGAAUAGUAAACCGAAUUUUCAGUCGCAACCGAAAGUAGGCAUAAUGAAUAGUAGCCAACAAAUUGCUGUGGAUGCAAAACUAUUGCAAACGCGGUCUCAUUUUGUUGCCGCCGGCGCUGCUGCUGUUGCCGUUGCCGCUCAUCGAGAGGUUGGAGCUGUCCAGCUUGGAUUCACUUAGUCGGGACACCAUAUAUACACGACGAUGUGGUGUUGUGGUGAAUUGCAGUCCUUUUGAGGAUGGCUCGGGGAAAGAAAAAAGAUGCUGAACGAUGUACAGUGUUGCAAUUGCAAAUGGAUGGUCUUAUCGAUGUUUGUCGACCGCAAAUUGAUUUCGUGCCGAGUUUGGAUGCUGCUUUGCUUCUCUUUGUGAGAUGAGUGAGCAUACAUACUUCUUUUCUUUUUUUCCUUUUUCUGGUUAUUUUAGCUUGUGUUGUAGCUCCCUUGUACAGUAACACAAUUAUUUUAUAAGUGGUCUGUAAAAUGAUUUAAUAGUUUAUGUGAUUUCAAUAGUAUUGAUUUGAUUUACCAUAA